CUUCAGUCACCCAAACUCAAACAACAGGAGCAGCAGUGUACAGGUACAACUCUACAGCCAGAGCAGAACAAACGAACUAGAGUAACAACACGUUUGAGAAGACAUUCACAGAGGGCCAGUGUCAUGAGUUGGUUCAGUCUUUUUCGUUCUCACAACAAAACCCUAGACCCAGCCCCAAAUCCAGCCCCAAAUCCUGAAUUGGAACAUCCAUGGCGGCCAGUGACAUGGAGUGAAGAUAACAAGGAUCAGAUGUUGAGGAAAGUGAAGGAUUUUCAGCCAGGUACUGCAGAAGUCAGUGAGCUGAAGAUUCUGCUUUACGGUCCAAUUGGAACAGGAAAAUCAAGUUUAAUCAACUCCAUUAACACCGUCCUCCAAGGACACAAUACCGUCACUGCACUGGCAAACUCAGUACAUGGUCAAAGUCACAGCUUUACUUUAAAGUUUAAAACUCACAGGCUGAAGAAUGCUGGACCUGGAUCUUUCUAUCCGUUUGUCUUCAUAGACAUCAUGGGUCUAGAAGAUGGGUCAAAUGGAAUACAAACCAACGAUAUAAAUAAAAUAUUACAGGGUCAUGUGAAAGACAGCUACAUUUUCAAUCCUUUAAAAAUGAUAGAUAAAGAAGAUCCGAACUACAUCAAGCACCCCGACUUGAAAGACAGAGUGCACUGUCUGGUGAGUGUUCUACCAGCUGACAAAAUCUCCAUGAUGAGUGACAAGGUUAUGCAGAAAAUGAGAGACGUUCGCCAAAAGGCAAAUGAUUUAGGGAUUCCUCAAGUCGUUGUCAUGCCAAGAGUUGAUAUAUCAUGCCCGCUGGUUAGCAGGAACCCGAGGAAGAUUUACACCAGCAAAAAAGUUAAAGAGAAGAUGAAAGAGUGCAGUCAUAAACUGGGAGUCCCGAUGAACUGCAUCUAUCCUGUACAGAACUACUAUGAGCAGAUUACCAACGAUAUGGACAUGGAUAUUCUGAUUCUCAUGGCCAUGACUGACAUUGUUAGAUUCGCCAACGACUAUAUUGAAGACCAGGUUUACAACAAAAGUAAACCUAAAUGAAGCUUCCCAUGUGUCUUGUUUAAUUUCCACCAUG